AUGCUCGAUCCUGGACUGUCGAUGACUUAUCCUCAGGUUGGUAGUAUUGGCAAACCAGUGGUGAUCCCGAGAGCCCUCUCGGCAAUUUCAGACAUCCCCGAUGCUGUCUUGAAAGCAGAGCUUCUCCGACGAGAUAUUUCCUCAGAUGAUACUCCAGCAUGCGGUUCCAAAUCACGGGGUGCUUAUAACACCCCAUUGCAUGUCAUGGCACUGUUCCUCAUCCUUGUACUAAGUACACUCGAGCUGGCCCAAGCUAAUCAUGAGUCUGUGACAGCAUGUUCAUUCCCAGUUCUGGCGCAUCGGUUCCCUCGUCUUCCGAUCCCCCGUCGCUUCCUCUUUAUAUCCAGACAUUUCGGAACAGGUGUUCUAAUUGCGACGGCAUUUGUACAUCUACUCCCUACGGCAUUCAUGUCUCUGACUGAUCCCUGCCUUCCGCGUUUCUGGAGUCAAUCAUACCGUGCUAUGGCUGGGUUCGUUGCAAUGAUAUCCGUGUUCGCCGUAGUUAUCGUGGAAAUGUUCUUUGCGAUGAAAGGCGCAAAGCACGUGCAUGGAAGCGAGUAUGAUAAUCUUAUUGGCGACAGACGUGACUCAAUGAGUGAUCUGGGAGAUCAAGAUCCGGAAUACGCGAGACUUGAAGCCAGGCAGGUCUCAGGCAGUAUCAAUUUGGAUAACGUGGGGCACAGGUCCAAGUCACGGGCGACAAGAGCUUCACGAUCGUCUCGUGACUCCCACCGGUCUUCUUUGAUAGAUCCAUCAGCAGACAAGGACGAUGAGCUUGCCGACCUGGAUGGGUUGGAUGACUACAUGGAUGACGAUCAGCAAGCCAUCAAUGGACAGACAAUCCGUUCUUCACAGCAGUCUCAUCGUCGUCAUCCGCCACGUGCGAGCGCAAGUCACCCGCGGACUGGCUCAGAAUUACCAAUUCAAAAUCCGCAACGCCAGCUUCUGCAAUGUCUUCUUUUGGAGGCAGGCAUCUUAUUCCAUAGCAUCUUCAUCGGUAUGGCGCUCAGUGUUGCGACUGGCACAUCGUUCGUCGUUCUCUUAAUUGCUAUUAGUUUCCAUCAAACCUUUGAGGGCUUUGCCCUAGGGUCUCGAAUUGCGUCGCUCAUUCCGGAUCUCUUCUCUCCGGAUUCCAUGAAGCCGUGGUUAAUGUGCCUUGCCUACGGGACAACUACUCCCCUUGGCCAAGCUAUCGGCUUGGUAUUGCACAAUCUUUACGAUCCUGCAAGUACAACGGGUUUAUUGAUGGUUGGAGUUACCAAUGCCAUCAGUAGCGGUCUUUUACUCUUCGCGGGCUUGGUGGAACUCCUGGCAGAGGACUUUUUGAGUGAGUCCAGCUAUGAGACCCUCAAGGGCAGACGACGUGUCGAGGCCUGUGUGUCGGUCGCAUGUGGUGCUCUCCUUAUGGCAUUCGUUGGUGCGUUUGCUUAG